CCUGAUGAUAUUUAUUACAGAUUCCUAACCAAGAUGAAGGUUCGUCCAUGUCAUGUGCCUUGUAUCACCGUGUCUUGUAUGAAUGUGGCGUUGGACGAACAUGCAGAGCUAACAAAGCAAGCUAGGACUGUCUCUAUUGAGGAGUUGGUAUCAGUAUCCCAGUCGGCGUGCACAUGGCGCGACGUGGCGCGCAUGUCUCGCGUGCUGGCUGACAAGCUGGCGUUGAACAACGCGCGCGCUGUCACACCGCUCCACUGGCUGAGGCUCGUCAGAUCACUGGCUGCUGCACCCGCGCCACAGGAAAGUGAACUUGUCAACUUAUUGGAGAUAGCUAUAUGUGAUGCUGGAUGUGCCAACGCAAGGAUGAGCGAGCUGGCUUUGGUCAUUGUAUACCAUCAGUUAGAGAAACAACUAACAGAAUGGGCGAGACAUAAAGACGUGUCUGAAGAGUUGUAUUAUUUGUAUGAAUUUGCUGCGCAACUACAAGCCUACUGUAACAUGUCGGAGACUUCGUUAUUACGUACACGAGAUUUGUUCCGUACUGUAUUAUCAAGAUAUGAAGGUCGCUGCGCAGCGCCACAACGACAAAGACUCGUCUGGAGAUUAUCGGAACGCACGUUAAAGGUACUGCGGCCGACGGAUCGUCUGACCUCGCUAUUGCCGACCAUUGAGGAACAACACCUUGCCACCGACACCACGCCCAGUAGGAACAGAACGGGCAGCGAAAGUAGCGAAAGCGAGGAGACAUCUGAUUGGCCGAGGAGCCCUGUACUACCGGUGUACUGCAGCAACUGACGUUGACAUCACCUGCCAACACAGACCCCCAAAACACCUCGUGUCUAGACAGUAAUGAAGACCCCCCAGACUUCAAAAUCCAACACGAUCAAUUGAAAAAAUUCAAAUGUAAAAACAACGACCCCAGAAUUCAAGAUCCAACGAGAAUUAAGUAUAGUUCAAGGUUAACAACAAACCCAUAAGACUCAAGAGACCCCAAGACUUCAAGAUCCAGUAAGAAUUAUGUCGUUAAAGUUAACAACGACCCCCUAAUCCGACCCCUAAAUAUCACAAGGUUAUUCGUUCUUGGACCCCCAAUUUAUAGUUGAAAAAUAUAAAUGUAUUGACAACGACCUCACAAAAACUAACCUUACGAUAUUAGAAAUCCUAUGUUUUUAGUAUAUUUUCUAUUAAACCAUAUUAAAAUAUACAAAACUAGACGAAUAAUAUGGAGAUAUCCUAAAUUUAGUCCUUUUUUUAAACAAAAUUAAAGGCAGCUAGUAAAAUUUACCUGUACUAUAUUAUAAAUAUAUAACAACUGGACAUGACAACUGUUUGGAAAUUACAGCUUUUAAUUUGUUCCAAUUUGAAGCCAAAUGAAGUUAUUGUCUACUAAUUCCAUUUUUAAAAUCGAGUUUCUAAUACUAACAGCGUCAAAUUGGCACAAAAUACAACGACUUAUAGCCUGUCCAGUUUAAUAGGUCUGAGAUAAAGUUGAAUAUCUUGUGUUUUUUGGAUCCCACUUUUGAAUAAAGUCAAAAUUCCGUGAUCCGUUGUGUCGCUUGCCUUACUGCCGAUAUAUACAAAAAUAUGUUUUGUAUGUACGUUACGGUAUUUCAAAUAUAACUAAAAAUCUUGUGAUUGGACAAUUUUAAUAUAAAACUUAAAAUAAACAGAGACUUGGUAUUGAUUAUUGCAUUUAAGAUUCAGAAUGAUUUUUCUCUGUCAAAAAUUACUAUUUUCUUUUACGUUUUAUAAGCUAGCGCUUGACUACGAUCCUACCUAGAAUUAGUGGAGAUUUGGUUGGAAGAUGGUACGCGCUAGCUUAGUAAGUGCCUUUACUUUUGAAGGUCCCAACAUCAUAUUUGGACGGAGAAACAUAGGCCAUAUAUUGAGGGUAUUUAACCAACAUAUGUCAGUUUUAUAAAGAAACUUGUUUUUUUUUAACGAAAAUUGGUUAUAAAGGUAAAUCUAAGUGUCCAAUCAUAAAAUCCAAAUAUUAAAAAAAAUGUAGGUAGUUUGAAUUUUUUUUUAAACAUUUCAUCAUUGGAAAGGAUAAGUUUGAAAAUUGUACAUAAAGAGUGAGGAACGGGGAUUAAAUAAUUUUUAAAUAUAUAUAUGAAUGUUUAUAGGUCUGUUGAGAUUGUCAUAGAUUGCCUAUUUACGAGGAUAUUUUAUAGCAUUUUUUUCUAUUAGUCUAUUUUGGAUUGUUAUCUAAUUAAAAAAAAAUGUAAAUCUGAACAUCGUAAAUUUUUUGACGACAAUAUUUUUUUAUCUAUCUCUGCCUACCUCGUAAUAUUGGCUUAUUUGUGAAAUGCUCGAUCGAUCUAAAGAUGUUUAUCAAGUUUAUCAUUAAAUAGCUUUAAUAGUUUCCUAUUUUUUGAAAUGUCAAAAAAUAAAAAAAAAUCCCCUCCAUUUUGAAAACGGUUUUGUCUCUGUGUUUAUUUUUUUUUUAUAAGUGGCGUAAAAUAUUCCAUAUAAAUAGUGAAUAAGUAUUUAAAAGAACACGGGGGUUAAUAAGAAAAUUGCCACCGAUUUUUUUUUAAAGUACAUUAGUUAGUUUAUUAAUAGAAUGUGUAUUUUUUUUUUCAAAUGACUAACUCAGAUCAAGGGUUUGUAUAAUUUGGGAUAGAAAAAAAAAUUUAAAAAAAAAAUUAAAAUUAAUAUCAUUUUAUUUUAUAAUUAUUCUUAAUAUUUGAUACUUAUUAUUAAUGUAGGUGUAAAUGCUAAUAAAUGACAAAAAAAAAUAUAUAAUAUUGUAAAAAAAACCGUAAAAAAAUGUGAUCUCAGGUAUUUUUUCAAUAGCAUAACACGAAUCGAAUCAUUGGAAAAACUGUAAAAAAAAUAUUCGUCUUAGCAUGUGUGUGUGCGUGUGUAAAUUUUUAAAUAUAAAUGUACGUAUGAAACAGUCAAAGUUGCAUUUCGGCUUUAACGCCACACUUGUGAAUGUUGUGUGGGACUUGCCAUAAAUCCGAGUUCGAAAUUAGCUAUGAGUGAGCGAGACAUAUAUAUAUAAAGCCAUAUGUGCGACAGAGAUGGAUGGAUACUGUCGUAAUUGCUGGUACAAAGAUUUGUGGCAAGUUCAAUCGUGGUAGUUUUUUUUGUUUUAGAAAAAAAUAAGAUGUAUGAGAAGUGUUUGGUGAGCAUAGUGUAGAAAAACGAGUCGAUGGAUUGUUUGAAGCCAAAAAGUUGUCUAUGGCUUUGACUUUUGCCUCAAGUGGAUUGUAAAAAAAACCAAACUGUCAAGUCGUUUCGCAACAGUUUGGCGGUAUCCGUGAAAAUGAAUCGAAAUUUUAAAAUGUAAAAAAAUUAUUAUUGUUUCGAAUUUUAGGCGAAGUUAUUUAUUAAUGUGACAUAUUGCACGCCACGUUGUUUUAUUUUGUGAAGUUAUAUUGUGAACACCAAUAAUUGUGAUUAAAAAGAUUGAGAGAAAAUAUUGUCUCGAAACGAGAAUAAACAGUUGCGAUUCUA